GGAAUACAUAAAAUAUCCAUCCUCUUAUCCACAUUAUUCGACUUCGAAAUCGAAACUAUGGCGACGCUCGAAUCCGCACUUCCAAUAAUCUCUCCAUAUGUUUCUUCUUCUUCCUCCUCAAAAUUAUGCUUCAAUAAACUUCCCUCCGCCAUUAAGCUUCGAAUUUCCUUCUCCUCCCCUCUCCUUUCCCUCAAUCCCCCAACCCCCAUUUCCCCUAUCUCUUUCAAUUCAUCGCGAAAUCCCGGCGGCGGAGGCCGACUAUGUUCUGCAGUGCAAGAGGUCAGUUUGGAGGAAGCUUCAGAGGAAACUCAGGAUGUGAAUCAGAAGAAAAAAUUAUAUAUCUUCAAUCUACCUUGGUCUUUAUCUGUUGUUGACAUUAAGGAGCUCUUUGGACAAUGCGGCACUGUCUCUGAUGUUGAGAUUAUAAAGCAGAAAAAUGGAAGAAGCAGGGGAUUUGCCUUUGUGACUAUGGCUUCACCAGAUGAAGCUCAAGCUGCUAUUCAGAAAUUUGACUCUCAAGAAAUAUCAGGAAGAGUUAUAAAGGUAGAGUUUGCAAAGAGAUUUAAGAGACCUCCUCCACCAAAGCCUCCAGGUCCUCCUCCUGGAGAGACAGUGAAUAAACUUUAUGUAUCAAAUCUUGCAUGGAAAGUGAGAUCAAGCAAUCUUAGAGACUUCUUUUCUGAAAGCUUUAACCCAAUUGCAGCGAGGGUUGUCUUCGAUAGCCCCUCUGGAAGAUCUGCUGGUUAUGGUUUUGUUUCUUUUGCUACUCGAGAGGAAGCUCAAACUGCACUUUCUUCUUUGGAGGGCAAGGAAUUGAUGGGAAGACCCCUUCGCCUGAAAUUCAGUGAAAGAAGUGUCAAUGAAUCAGAAACCCCAAAAGAAGACAUUGUUGAAAGCCAACCUGAAGAAUCAUAGACCCACUCAGUUUCAACAUCAGAAUCAUCCCUUGGUAGAAAACUCUGAAACCAAGAUUUUGCUUGAGAAUUCCAACUGCCCCUUAUGAGAUUUGCUGGUGGUGUGAUCUCUACAUCUUACAGCUAUUUUUGUAGUGUAUUUUUAGUAUCAUAACAUUAUCUGUCAUCCCAAGUUUUCUGAAUCGAAGUCCUUAUGGACUCUCUUGUUUUGUCUCAAAAAAAUUCUUCUGUUCCAUAAAGUAGUUUACAAAAUUGUCCGAUGAUA